AAAGGCGGGGGAUGGGAAGAAAUAGCUUUGGCUGCAGACAUAGAAGAGAAAUUAAAAUAAAUAAUCUCUUUUCGCAGGAAGUGCCGGAUUCGGGCGCCUCGUGGGAGGAUGGACUGAAGUGAGUGGUCAGCGCACACAGAGUGUGGGCAAAGAGGGUCUGUACACCCUCCCGUCUCCCGGUGUGCCAGGCUGGAGACGCGGAUCUUCCUAGGUCUCUCUUAAGACGAGCUCAAGGACUCGUGCUUAUGCAUGUACGAAGCCAAUGCUUGGUUUCCCGGCUGCUUCCACCUCUGAAGAUGGCUUUCUCCGAGCGCAGUCCUCCAGCCCGACAGGACGAGGCUGUGCCAUCACCCUCCCCAGCCCAGAAAUGUGCGACUGCCUCGGCAAGUCAGAUCCCCGGCGCUCAGUGACUGGGACGUGCGGCGUGUGCUAAAGCGGGUCAAAAUUAGGAUGCGCCUGGAUACUGCCCCGCGGCAGCGCACGGGGUGCUGGACACCCCCAAAACCUCCCGGGCCGGCCCUCAGCACCACCCCAAAGCCGAGCGCUAACCGGAGGAGUUUGGGAGAGAAACCACCGAGAGGGAAACGGAGAAAGAGGUUGGGGUUAGGAUGUAUGUGCGUGCGUGUGGGGAAGCCAGAUCACUUGUGAAUGGCUUGAAAAAAAAUAAUUGGGGGAGGGCGUGGAGGGGGGGAAGCGGAAACUUUCCUAUAAAACUCAGCAAAAGUCCCUCCUCUCCACGUCAGGCCAAUGACACUGCUGCCCCCAAACUUUCCGCCAGCAGGAGCUAUAAGAACCUCCAAGUCUUCAACUUUCUCCCAAUCCCAGACACCUCGAAGGGGCUCCAAGGAGGGAUCGGGAGAGAUUUUUUUUUUUUUUUGGUUGGCCUUUUUAUUUUUUUCCUCUUGGAUCCUGAUGCCAUCCCCCCUCCCCCCAAAGUGAGGUCCUCCCUCCUUCCUUCCCUCCUCCUUCUCCUCGCAGGCCAGCGAAGCAGCCGAUCAAGGGGGAGCUGGCGGGUUAGGUGCCCCCCUCUUCUCCCUGCCCUCCCCCCCCUCCCGGCCCGCUUCUCGCGUCUCCCCCCAGAGAUGAUGCAGCAGGACGAGUCAAACUCUCCAGUCUCCCCCGCCGACGACAGCUUGAGCAACAGCGAAGAGGAGCCGGACCGGCAGCAGCUGCCCAACAACAAGAGAGGGGGGCGCAAGCGCCGCUCCAGCCGCCGCAGCGCCGGCGGCGCCGUCGGGGCCGCGGACGAGCCGUGCAGCCCGGCCCAAGGCAAGCGGGGCAAGAAGUGCGGGGCGGGCGGGGGCGGCGGGGGCGGCGGAAGCAGCAGCGGCGGCGGCAGCCCCCAGUCCUACGAGGAGCUGCAGACCCAGCGGGUCAUGGCCAACGUGCGGGAGCGGCAGCGCACGCAGUCGCUGAACGAAGCCUUCGCCGCCCUGCGGAAGAUCAUCCCCACGCUGCCCUCGGACAAGCUGAGCAAGAUCCAGACCCUCAAGCUGGCGGCCAGGUACAUCGACUUCCUCUACCAGGUCUUACAGAGCGACGAGCUGGACUCCAAGAUGGCAAGCUGCAGCUAUGUGGCCCACGAGCGGCUCAGCUACGCCUUCUCGGUGUGGAGAAUGGAGGGCGCCUGGUCCAUGUCCGCAUCCCACUAGCAGGCGGCGUCCCCCACCCGCAUCCCCCCGGCAGGAGCCCUAGAUGACAUUGUUCCCACAGAAGGAGAGAAUGGACAAUCUAGAGACUCUGAAGUUGGAUUCGAUUUUUUUUAUCUUUUCUAACAAAAAAUGUACUAAGGAUUUCUUGGAAAUUAGAAGAGUAAAAUCCAAAUUCAAAGCAGGGCGUGGGGAGCACUUAAGGAAAGAGAAAGAGAGAAGGGCUUUGGACAGUGACUACCCUCUUGGCGUCGGUACAAUCCACACAUCUCUGCAUUCUGAUAGAAGUCUGAAUCGUUCGAUUUUUAUUUUUAUUUUUUAAUUUUGACGAAGAAUGUUGGAAUCGAACUUUUAUUUGUUUGCCCUAUUUUUUUUUUUUUGCAUGCAUGCAUUCCCAAGAGACCGUGCUUAUGAGCCACUGAUGAAAGGAAAUACAUUAUUGUGGACUUCUUCAUUCUUGAAUGAAACCAAGCAGCCAACCAAAAAUAUCCCUGUAGAGAUGAAAACUUUUUUUUUUAAUUUUUUUUUUUAGGGGGGAAUAAGCUGGGCUCAAGCUGUUAUAUACCCGGUUCCUAACUUUUUUAUUAUUAUUAUUUUUCCUCUGAGAAAAAAAAUAAACAUUUUAUUUAUUUAUUGAUGACCCAUGUUAAAAUGCAAAUAGAUCCGGUGUCUAAAUGCAUUCCUAUUUUUAUGAUUGUUUUGUAAAUAUCAUUGUAUAUUAUUUUUCUGCAAUAAAUAAAUAUGAUUGAAAUUUUAAUAA